AUGCGUGUUACAGUGGAUCUAGGGUUUUAUUCUCUGCUCUUCGUUGUUUUAGUUUGUGUGGUUUUUCCGGUGAUUGGUUUGGUUGUACGUUAUACGUGGCGGCGGUCGGAGGAGAGGGCGGGGGAGAUUAAGAGGCUGUUGAUUCUCGCGGCGGAGGAGUCUGCUAGAGCGGAGCGUGAGGCGGCAGCUUCGUAUCAUUACGAUGAUGCCAAUUCCAAUUCGUAUCAGUACGUUGCUGCAAAUUCCAAUUCGUAUCAGUACGUUGCCUGCAAAUUCGUAUCCAAACGCAGUCAAUGUGUAGUGUGUUUCUCUCCCACCACUAACCGAUGUGCAAGGUGCAAAAGCUGUUUAUUAUUGGUGUUGUUUUUGUGGAGUCUUGGUUUGAAUUCCUCUGGCCCCUUUUAG